AGGAGCCGGGGCCCACCAUGGCGAGCCCGGGGCAGGGCUGUUUCCCGCUGGUGGUGCGCGGCGACUGGGGCGCCGCCGGGCCCUCGGCCGCCCUGAGGAAGAAGCUGCUCUGCUACUUCAAGAGCCAGCGGCGCUCGGGGGGCGGCGAGUGCGAGCUGAGGGACGCCGCCACCGCCGGGGAGCUCCUCGUCUGCUUCGCCCAGCCCGAGGUGAAGCAACAAGUUCUUGAGAGACAGUCUCAUCAGCUGUAUUUGGGAGAAAGAGGAGUGUUGAAGUUUACUGUCUCAGAGCCUGAAAAAGCAGUGGCACUUGGAGAAAAAUUAGUUCCCACAAAGGCUUUGGAUUCCAUGGGCAGCCUUCCAACAAAAGAUGAUGCAGAAGCCUUGCAGGAAGCAGAGAGUUUUGAUCCGACCAGUAAGCUCCAGGAGGAAGCUGGCUCUGCGAAGAACGUUGCAGAAAGGUCCAGGAAGACCUCACCUUCGGUGGUGUUUGAAAACAUACAAGGAUGCAACAUAAAAUGCUUAAGUAUGCUGUUGGAGAGCAUCAGCGGCCUGGCAGUGGAUGAUGACUUCACUGUGGAAGUGAUACCUGAAAGAAAUGUUGCCGUAGCUACCUUUAUAAAAAGUAUUGAUACUGAAGAAUUUGUCAAGAAGUGCUCACAAAACAAGAGAGUUAAAGAAUUGAAAAUAACUGCCAGGCUUCUUGAAUUGACCCGGAGCAUCAGGGCUGAAAACGUACCGGCCAGUGUUUCCACAGACUGCAUCUCAGCUUACUUUCAGAGUCCACAGAACGGAGGGGGGCCUGUGUCAGACGUCCAGCUCUUCCCCGAGAAGAACACGGCCAUCAUUACUUUCUGUGAUCACAAAGAUCUAAGCACUGUCUUGGAAAAGCAGCAUUUACUGGAACAGAAACCAAUUUCUGUGCAUCCCUAUUACCACUCCCUGGGAACAGCUCUCUACGGAGAAGACGUACCGGCUUUCAAGAUGCCAGACCCCAUUGGGGUGCCACUGGAUCCCUAUGUCUGGCAGUUUUUACAAAAGCAGGCUAAACUGAUGCAAGACAUAAACCAGGAAAUGGCAAUUUGCCAUUGUGAGCUAAAAUGGCCCCAGAUAGUCUGUGCAAACCCAGAAAUUACGUUGUGCCCAUCAUCAACUCUCUCCGAGCAGAAAAAAGCAAUGAUUAAGUUGAUCAAGACGUGGAAGCAGGAUGCUUUGGCUGAGUUCUCGCGUAUCAUGGCACGUUACGUAGCUAUAAAAUGUAAAGUAAAAUCAGUGCACUGGAAAGAUAUGAGAAACAGAUUGGUGAAGGAUGUUGCCUUGACCAUAACUGAUAUUUCUGAGGAGAUGGUGGUGAUUGCGGGCAACAGAGCAGCAGUGGACAGUGCAGAGAAGGAAGUGAGGAAAUGCAUGGAAAUACCCACGAGUCAAAGUGAAAGGGAAAAACAGAGCAUAGAAAUUUCCGUGUCCAUCAUCCCAGGGAAGUACACUGUUCUGAACAAUGCUGGGCUGGAAAAGAAUAUUCACAACGAAUAUCCGUGCUUAAAGAUCUUUUAUGAUGACACAAAAAAAGCUGUUCAGUUGUGCGGAUUACCUGUGGAAGUAUAUAAAGUCAAAGGUGACUUACUGGAAAAGAUACUAAAUAUGCCAUGCACAUCAGUUCCUAUUGAUCGCUAUGUUUUCAACUAUCUACAGCAUGUAGAUAAUAAACCAAUGUCAGAGAUAUUAUUCACCAGGAAGAAAAUUAAUGCUUUUUAUGAGCUUGAGGAUGAUACUAUGUUGCUAUUUGGACAUGCUGCCAAAGAUCUUCUAGAAGCAGAAAAGCAAAUAAAGACAGGUUUACAACAUAAGUGCAUCCAGGUGGAGGAUGGUGAGAUCAUUAAAAAGCAGCAGUGGAGUAGUCUUCUUGCCUUCUUGCGUAAGAAGUACAGUUCUCCCCAGGAAAAUGUAGUCAUUGAUGACCCUGUUGGAAAAGACAACAAAGUGAUUAUUGCUGGCAUUUCUAAGGCCGUAACAGAAGUUUAUCAGAAGCUUAAUGAUUUCAUAGACAGAAACACACACAUGGAAAAAGUAAUCCCAGCUAAGUCGCAGCUGGCAGUGCAGUUUGUAGAGAAGGAAAAAUCCAGUCUUUAUCUUGAAUUGAGGAAGAAAGGUGUGACAGUAUGUUUUGACACUGAGACACCGUGUAUUUCCCUGAGUGGAUCAAGAGCAGAAGUGCCAAAAGCAGUCGCCACAUUUGAAAAAAUUCUCUCAUCUCUUUACUUAAAAAGCGUGCCAGUUAAUACACCAGGGGCCAAGGAGUUCUUUGCUGAGAGGGAAGAUUCAUGUGUAUUUGAGGCAAAGCAGAAAUUUAGCUGUUUGAUUAGGCUGGAAGAAGAAGAAGAACAACAACAACAGAUGGAUGAAAAAGUUGAUAACAAAGAGAAAAGAAAGCUGUACUACAAGAAAGUGCUGCCAGAUGGAGUUGUAGUAGCAGUGUAUAAAGCUGACUUGAGCACUUAUCCUGUCGAUGUCGUGGUAAAUGCAUCUAAUGAAGACUUAAAACACGUCAGUGGCCUUGCAAGCGCGUUGUUAAAGGUGGCUGGUCCAGAGCUACAAGAGGAGUGUGAUGAGCUGGUGAGGAAGAACGGGCCUUUGCAGCCGGGGUGUGCAGUCAUCAUGGGCGCUGGGAAACUCCCCUGCAAGAACGUCAUUCAUGCCGUUGGGCCCAGGUGGAGGAAAGAGGAAGAAGAAAAGUGUGUGUCCUUGUUAAGAAAGACGGUGAAGAUGAGCCUCCUACUUGCCGGAAUGUACAAUCAUCGUUCCGUAGCUCUGCCUGCUGUAAGUGGAGGGAUUUUUGGCUUUCCAGUGGAACUGUGUACGUAUUCGAUUGUAUCUACCAUCAGGGAGACCUUGGAAGAAUCCAGGGGAGACACCAGCUUGAAGGAGGUUCACCUUGUGGGUGACGCAGAAGAAAUGGUUCAGGCUCUGAGUGAGAGAGUAAAAACAGCAUUUACAGCCAAAUCACCUUCAGUACCACCACCACCAAGGGUGGGAAAUGGUAAGCUGAGACAGAGCCAGGAGAAGAGAAAAGAGGAUCUGCAGACACUUAGGACAAAUGAAGGACUGCUCAUCCGAGUGGAGAAGAAAAACAUUCAGGAGGCCACGACGGAUGUUGUUGUCAACAGUGUUGGCACAGAUCUGAACUUUGGCAGGGGCCCUCUUUGCAAAGCCUUGCUGGCAAAGGCUGGACCAGAGCUUGAAGCAGAGUUUGACAAAGCAAUAGAUAGAAAUAACGUGCUUCCUGAUGAAGGGAGCGUGCUCUGCACCGCUGGAUGUGCUCUGGCCUGCAAGUACGUGCUUCAUGCCAUAGUUCCCUUGUGGGAUGGAUUACAAGGACAGACCCUGAAGAUCCUAGAAGGCAUAAUCGAUUUCUGCUUGAAGAAAACUGAGGAACUUGGAUUGAAUUCAAUCGCUUUCCCAGCUAUUGGAACUGGAGGAUUUGGGUUUCCUAAAACCCUCGUUUCUGAGUUAAUGUUUGAUAUGGUAUUCAAGUUCAGUAGCAAUCACACUCGGAAGACUCUCAAGGAAGUUCAUUUUCUCUUGAGUCCAAGAGAUCUGGAUAACAUUCAGGCUUUUACCACUGAGCUAGAGCAUAGGGUAGCUGAAAGUUGCAAUGCUGCAGCACCGUGGUCAAGUUCCAUUAGGCCCGUUUCAAAUGAAGCAUUGGGAGUUCAUGAAAUGCAGAUUGGUUCCAUUACACUCCAAGUAAUUAGUGGAGAUAUUACCAAGGAGGAUACCGAGGUUAUUGUAUGCGUAACAAAUCCAACAUUUUAUACCACAACAGGGGUCUUCAAAGCAAUUAUAGAUGCUGCUGGUUCCCAGGUAGAAGAAGAAUAUGAUCUAUAUGCUCUGAUGUCUAAAAAUGGCAUGGUUAUCACAGAAGGUGGAAAACUGUCGUGCAAGAAAAUCAUGCACUUGAUUAGCGGUAACGAUGUGAAGAGUCAGGUCUCCCUUGUGCUUGAAAAGUGUGAGCAAAUGAAGUACAAAUCUGUCUCCUUCCCAGCAAUUGGAACAGGUCAAGCAGGACAGUGUCCAGCAAAGGUGGCUGAUGAGAUGUUGGAUGCUAUAGUGGAAUUUGCAACCAAAACAUCAGUACAGCAUUUGAAAAUAAUUAAAAUCAUCAUCUUCCAGGCAAAUAUGCUCAGAGACUUUUACGAAAGCAUGAAGAAAAGAAAAGGUUCAAAUUCAUCCAUAACAGGGGGCAAAACCCAACUCAUUGAGAAGAAAAAGCCUGUGGUUUUGGAGAAGAAGGUUGAUUUAGCCACAUUCCAGAUUUGUGGAGAAAGCAAAAAAAAUGUGGAUGCAACUGAAUCAUGGAUAAAGAAUUUAAUUUUAAAGGAACAGUUUGAAAAUAUUAUUUCAGAUGAGCUAAUUGAAAAUUUUGAUGAGAGGCAAAUUGACGCUUUGGCAGAUCUCCAGAGAAGAAAGCAUGUUACCAUUCAGCUUGAAAAUAAACAUUCCCCCCAUCACAUUAAAAUUUCGGGUAUUAGCAGGGAUGUCUGCUUUGUUUCUGUGGAAGUUCAAAAAAUGAUCCAAAAAAUAAAGGACACUGAAGAAGAACGAUCCAAGGCAGAACUUGUUUACAACCUGGUAGAAUGGAGGUAUCCAGGAAGCAAUGGUAGCUUUGUUGCUUUUGAUAAACUGACAAAUAUGCAGCUGGAGGAUGCCAAAAUAGCCAAAAGAACACAUCUUACUGUCAGAAUUAACAAGAACAACUGCAAUGUGGAUCUGAAUAAUCUACAGGCUAUUGAUGACCAAGGAAGAACUAUAAACAUUCAACGUGUGCCAAAGAAUAAAGAUAAGCAGUCGAUAGAGCUCCCUGCGCAGUGGGAAGACAUGGGAGAGGAACGGGUCAAACUGGUGAAUCUCAAGCCAUCAAGUCGGGAGUACGUGGAAGUCCAGAACAGAUUUAAGAAAACCUGUCCCAACUUUGUCAUAGAGAAGAUUGAAAGAAUACAAAAUCCCUUCCUCUGGCAGACAUACCAAAUUAAAAAAAAAUCUCUCUGUAAAAAGAACAAGCAUCAAAGUAACGAGAAGUUGCUGUUUCAUGGGACAGCUGCAUGCUCGUUGAGCACCAUCAACUACAAUGGAUUUAAUCGUGGGUUUGCUGGAAAAAACGCUGCAGUCAUUGGAAAUGGAACAUACUUUGCUGUUGAUGCAAGUUACUCUGCUCAGAAUACUUAUUCCAGACCAGAUAUGAAUGGCAGAAGAUACAUGUACUUGGCUCGUGUCCUCACUGGGCAGUACUGCACUGGCAGCAAAGGACUCAUCACUCCACCACCAAAGGACCCAGCAGAUCCUACUGACCUGUACGACAGCGUGGUCGAUGAUGUGAAUUCUCCAAGAAUGUUUGUCAUAUUUAAUGACAUUCAGGCGUAUCCUGAAUACCUUAUUACUUUCAGAAAAUAGAAUAUUCUUAGAAAUCUGGAAAACUUCAGUGCCUUUUACAUGUGGGAAUUAGCAGGGCAAUUCUUGAUUCUUGUUUACAUUUAGGUUUCUUAAAUAACCACUUAGCUUAUCUAUCCGUGUGUUUAAGUAUGUCUUCAAAUUAUCAACCCAGUGAGGCCGGGAUAAGCAAGUAUUUUGGAAGAUGCUAUUUCAAUACUCGCAUUUCAAACGUAGUGGUGAGGAGGUGUGUAGCCAAGAACUGUGAGAACAGCCCUGACCUCUCCCCGUGCGAGGCAGAGGAGACCUGGGGCCUGAAGUCAGAGGUGUAAGGUGGGCCAGCACAUCCGUGUGCAUUCCUGUUUCCAGUUACCACCGUAAAGCACCAAGUGCCUGCCUCCCUGUGAGGAUUUAUUUAGAACAUUCCACAUUGGAGGAAUAGCCUCUCUCGCUAUUUUCAGUCAUUCUCAGGCAUCCGCUUGCCCUUGUUGGUGCUGAGAGUCCUGAAGGAAAAGAGAUACCCAAUAUUAAACUUAGACUUUGUAUUCGUUGUUUCACCUCUCCUUAUGCUGCUGCGGCAUACUUUGUUAUUUUCUAGGUAUAAACUUCCAUAUUAAUACCUGUUUCUUACGGGCAUUUUCUAUGGUCCCCUGUGCUGUGUGUACAUCUGACUUGCACAUACAAAGUCAACACUUCUGGAAUUUUCAAGGCAGUAAAGGGAGACACUUGAUUUCUUCUGGUCACUGUCAAAACGGUAACCCUUCUGUAGAAUUACCAGUUUGCAGAGAGGGACAUACUCAGUUACCCCUUUAAAAAUAUUUGAAAACUUUUUAAAGUUCUGUAAAACAAACGAAUAAUGGUAUUUGUACAUCUUUGCAAGCUGUACACUUAAUUACAGUGAUAAUCUUACAACUGCCAAUGAAAAGCCAUAUACGCGUGUUUUAAAUAAAGGUAGUUUCAAACA